GCCAAAAGACAUGAUUCUCUGCUUCCUAUUGGCGGAAGAUCUUUGACCUAGUUUCUCCGUCCACUCAGGUGACUUCCAUUUCCAUCACUUCCAACCUUCUCCAACACUCCAACGCCGCACAAAUCCAUGCCAAACUUCAUCCACCUCUUCGUAUCGCCGGCCAGCCACGCGCAUAUCGUUGCGAAGAGGUUACAGCGAUGCACUGCGCCAUCUACUAGAUGCUCGACAGUUUCAAAGCCCAUGCCGGCUUUCUCCCGCCGGCCACCGGCUGCGGUCACCGGAGCUGACCGGCAGUGACCGGGACCUGCCAGAAGGACGGCCAUGGCUGGCGCAGAGCAUGGCCUACUGUUGCUUGUCUCCAGAUACAGAGCAAAGCAAAUCGUCGACUCCACCAUCUGAUGCUGACUGAAGGGCUUCGGUACCUUCAAGACCAAACUCCACUGCUGUUGUGGCUCUCGUCACUUUCAUCGUCUCUAAUGUGCCGCUUAGUGCGGCCACCGUCUUUCUGGCGGUCGAUAGGUCAGAAGAAAGAUGACGACGGGAAAAAGUUCAAGUCAUGCACGACGGGCGAGCAACCCCGAGACUGGGCUACCAAUCGCCGGAUGAUUUGCCAGGCACCCUCCAGCCUGCAGAUGUGCAUGUCCCAGUUCGGCGCUAAUGCUCAGGACGGGCUUGACGAGCCUUGUGUUGCAUGGCUGGACGACAGCUCUCCCAAUGAUGGCUUCUCUCCCAUCGCCGUCUGGCGUUACCCUCCACGCACGAUUUCAGAUUUUGGACAUCACCCAGCCCUGCACUGGCUGCCUCCGUGCAGAUCUCGUGGCAUCGGCCGGGAGCAUCUGGCUCAUUGGCGCAAUCCAUCUUCCCAGCAGAUCCUGUCCUCGACACAGGGCUACAUCUUACAGCAGGUGCAGAUUCGCUACCGUUUAUCAACCGGAGCCACGGACUACGGACGUGGGUGGGCGAUGUUGGAUGGAUCGGGCAUUCAAGGGAAGUCCCUUGCUUGUCUCGGAUCUCUCUCGUCUUGUGACGGCUGUCUUUUCUCGACGUCUGAAAAUACCCCGCCAUGGCUGAGAGCCCAGAGAAGUCCUCCUCGCGGUGGGACUGAGACGCAGCGAGCCGGCUUCAUACUCACCAAUGCUGUUGAUCUCUUCACUCAAGUCACCUGCACAUCUGUAGUUUGACCAUCGGUGUUCUAGGUCGUAGGCUAACGAGGGCCAUGGAAGAGUAAAGUAGAAAUCGGACAUCAAAGUCUCGUCGUUAAACAACCUGGAAACAGGAACCGCUUGCCGCAGUACCGGCGAUGCACCUCGACUCUCUGCACACUCCACCCCCUUCUCCAUCUCUCUUAGCGUUCUUCUCGUCUAGUUUCCGAUUGCCCCUCCCCCUCCCCAUCUCUCCCCAACUGGGGGUGCAAGGGAGCGUCCCAAGGUGGCUCCGUCGUGCAGUUGUUAGCUUCUCCGGUCUUG